AUGAUGGAGCUCGACGCUUCUCGCUGCUGGCUGCUCUUUUGGAUGAUUCAUGCUCUCGACCUAAUGCAUGCCUUUGACCCGUCGCGCUACAGAGAGAGAAUUAUCUCCUUUCUUCAAGCGGUGUGGGAUCGACAAGCAGGCGGCGGAUGGGGGGGAGGUCCGGGGCAGCAGGCGCAUCUGGCUCCUACUUAUGCCGCCACGGCAAGCAUGCUGGUCACUGGUGGGGUGGCGGAGUGGUACCGUAGAAUGCGGGCGGCACCACGGGAAGCGGGGCGGGGCAAGGAGGAUAAGAAACAAGACUCAGAUUGGCCAGGAGGGAGAAAAGGGGACUGCGAGGCAUACAGGGGGUACAAGGAGACAGAGCAGGAGCAAAGUGGAGACCCCACGGAAGCACUCGAAGGCCAAGAUCCUCGCCAAUGCAUCUAUGAUUGGUUUAUGCGACUAAAGAGCCCUGAGGGAGGCUUCCUGAUGCACGUUGACGGAGAGAUCGAUAUGAGAGGUACUUACUGUGCAGUGGCGACAGCCUCGAUGCUUCACAUGCUAACAGACGAACUCAUCGAGGGGGUGGCGGAGUACGUUGCCGGCUGUCAGACUUACGAAGGAGGAAUUGCCGGGGAACCCGGCCUAGAGGCACACGGUGGUUACACCUACUGCGGUCUGGCGGCGCUCUGCAUUCUGGGAAAAGCCCACGAGUUUCUUGACCUCGAUCGCCUUCUUCACUGGGCAGUGAUGAGACAGAUGGGCUUCGAGGGGGGCUUUCAGGGUCGGACGAACAAGCUGGUCGACGCUUGCUACUCUUUUUGGAUGUCAGCUUUGUUUCCUCUUCUUGCCCACGCCUUCCACCUUGCCGGGCGCCCCAUUCCGCGCGAGCUCUGGGUCUCUUCUCGACAUCUCCAACAGUACAUUCUUGCUUGCUGCCAGGACCCGCGAGGUGGCCUCCGUGAUAAGCCCGGAAAGUGA